AUUUAACCGUCCCCCUCACGCUCUUUCUCUUCCCCAACUUCCCCUCUGCAACAUCACACUUCACUCCCAUUUUCUUUCCAGCAAACCCAAAUUCUUGAACUUUCUGUUUUUCUCUUGAAAUUGAAACAAAAAUCUAGUCUUUCGUUUUAAUUUCUUUAGAAAGAUGUCUCCGGGGGAGUCCUCCCUGCUGUUCUUCAUCCCUUCCUCUGGUUUUUCCUCCACUGUUCUCAGUUUUCCGCUCUUGCUCUGUUUCUUGGUUUUUCUUGCGGCGGUGGGGUUCUGGCUCAGCCCCGGCGGUCUGGCGUGGGCCCUAUCCAAGAACAAAGCCGCCAUUCCCGGCCCUUCCGGCCUGCCGGUGUUGGGCCUGGUCCGGGCAUUCACCGGCUCCGUCACUCACAGAGUUCUCCAGAGUCUUGCGAAAUCAUUAAAGGCGGAGUCUUUAAUGUCCUUUUCGGUUGGUUUCACCCGGUUCAUCAUAUCCGGUGACCCGGAAACCGCUAAGGAGAUUCUUGGUAGUUCCGCCUUUGCCGACCGGCCGGUUAAGGAGUCCGCCUACGAGCUCCUCUUCCACAGAGCCAUGGGGUUCGCGCCGUACGGGGAGUACUGGAGGAAUCUCCGGCGAAUCUCCGCCACGCACCUGUUCUGUCCGAGGAGAAUCGCGGCGUUUUCCGGCGUCAGGACCGACAUAGCGAUGAAAAUGGUGGAGCAGUUGAAGGCGGAGAUGGCAAAUUCCGGGGAAGUGAGAGUGAAAAGAGUGCUGCACUUCGGGUCACUGAACAGCGUUAUGAAGACCGUGUUUGGGCGGUCCUACGAUUUCGAUUCCGAAACCGGGUCGGAUCUCGAAGGGCUAGUGAGUGAAGGGUACCAACUUCUAGGGACUUUCAAUUGGGCUGACCAUUUCCCUGUGUUGGGCUGGAUGGACCUACAGGGGGUCCGGAAAAGGUGUAGGGCACUUGUGGAAAAAGUCAAUGUCUUUGUGGGGGACAUCAUUGCGGACCACCGUACUGCUAGGACGUCUCGAAUUGUAGGGCACCCUGUAGGACACGAGUCCUCCACGGAUUUCGUCGAUGUCCUUCUUGAUAUGGCCGAGACUGAGAAUGGGUUGAUGACUGAGUCCGAUAUGAUUGCUGUCCUUUGGGAAAUGAUAUUUAGGGGAACAGAUACGGUGGCAAUUCUCCUGGAAUGGAUUCUCGCGAGAAUGGUUCUUCAUCCGGAUGUUCAGGCGAAGGCCCAAUCCGAAAUCGACAGCGUUGUGGGAACGGAUCGGGUGGUGUCCGAUUCCGACCUACCCAAUCUCCCUUACUUGAAUGCCAUUGUCAAAGAGACCCUCAGGGUUCACCCGCCGGGCCCGCUUCUGUCGUGGGCCCGGCUGGCAAUUCACGACACCCGAGUUGGGGACCACGAGAUUCCUGCGGGGACGACUGCCAUGGUCAACAUGUGGGCCAUCACGCACGACGAGAGGAUUUGGGCCGAGCCGGAGGAGUUUAGGCCUGAGAGGUUCUUGGUGGACGAGGUUUCCAUCAUGGGCUCUGACCUCAGGCUGGCCCCGUUUGGGGCGGGCCGGAGGGUUUGCCCCGGGAAGGCAAUGGGCCUUGCCACGGUCCAGCUCUGGCUAGCUAUCUUGCUCCAGAACUUUAAAUGGGAGCCCGUUGGGCCCGGUGUGGACUUGUCCGAAGUUCUCAAGAUGUCCAUGGAGAUGAAGAACCCUUUGGUCUGCAAGGCUGUGGCUAGGGAUUUGAGUUAAUUACUUUGGAGGAUGGUAAUUAAUUAAUUAUCUAAUUUGGUUUGGUCUCAGUUUUGAAGGCUCUCGCGUUGGAGACCAAUCACGUCCAUGGGUUAAAACCGAAUGGUUCUUGUUGCCAUUAAUAAUGUUACUGGGUGGUU